AUGGCUAAUUAUUCUGGUGCUGAAGCAGUUUUUCAACAAGCUGAUACCAAUCAUGAUGGUCAUCUAGAUCAGGGCGAAUUCCGUCAAUUCCUUGGACAACAAAUUGGUGGUGGCGGCGGCGGUGGUGCUGGUUACAGUGCUGGUUUCGGUGCUGGAGGUGCUGCUGGUGCUUCAGGUUAUGAAUCAUCUUCAUUCGAAUCAUCACAGAGCGUUGGUUAUGGAGGUGGUGCUGCUGGCGGUGCUAGUGGUUACGAAGCACAAUUUGGUGCUGCUGGUGGAGCAGGUGGUGGUUAUGGUGCACAAUCAUCAUCAUUCGAAUCAUCAAGCUUUCAAGCUGGUGGCGGUCAGGGUGGUUUUGCUGCUGGUGGAGCUGUUGGCGCAGGUGGAGCAGCCUUUGAAUCAGCAUCAUCAAGUACUCAAGUACAACAAUAUGCUACUGAUUCUCAAGGUCUCUUUCAAGAUCCAAAUCCACAAAUUAUUCGUCGUCCAGCUGUUGGCGGUGUUCAAACAUAUACACAAAAUAUUAGAGUUCGCUUUCUUCAACCACCACCUAUUCCACCACCAGGUCCACUCAUCAUUAAAGAAGUUCGCCCACCUCAACCACCUCCACCACCACCUCUUCGUAUUCGUCAACAGGCUCCACCUAUUCCUCAACCACCUCCCCUUAUCCUUCGUGAAAAACCACCACAGCCACCACAGUCAGUUGCUUCUCAAACAGUCGUUCGUCGUUUAGCUGCUUUAGCUGUUCCACCACGAUCAGUCAUUAUUGAACGUCUUCCACCUCUUCCACCACGACCACGUGAUGUUAUCAUUGAGCGUUGGGUUCCAUAUGGAGCUCAAUCUAAACGACGUACCAUUGUUCAACGUGCAGCUGCAGCUCAACAAUAUGCACGUCCACGUAAUAUUAUCAUUCAAUACGAUGCAGUUCAAGUUCGUGUUGUUCGUCAAUUCCAACGCCUUGGUGUUACUCAAGCUAAUCCACAAGCUUAUCUUCAACAAUAUGGUGCUCAAUUACUUGAUGCUGCUACACUCCUACAACAAGCUCGUAGUGCUGGUGUUGUUGAAGAUAUUUCACCACCAGUUGUCGCUGGAGCUGCUGGUUUUGCUGCUGGCGGAUUCAGUGCUCAAUCAGGUUUCGAAGGUGGUGUUGCUGGUGCUGGUGGUGGUGCUGCUGGAGGAGAAUAUAGCUCAUCAUCAUUUGAAUCAUCUGGUUUCUCGGCAGGUGGUGGUGGUGCUGCUGGUCUUGAAGCAGGUUUUGCUGCUGCUGGUGGAGCAGGUGGUGGUUAUGGUGCACAAUCAUCAUCAUUCGAAUCAUCAAGCUUUCAAGCUGGUGGUGGCCAGGGUGGUUUUGCUGUUGGUGGAGCCGAUGGUGCUUUUGCUGCUGCUGAUGCUAAUCAUGAUGGUGGUGUCGAUCGUGGUGAAUUUGCUAACUUCCUUGGUCAUGCCGGUGGUGGUGGUGGUGGUGCAAGUCAAUCAUCAUUUCAAUCAGCAUCAUACAGUUCCGAAGGUGCUUUUUAA